AGGAGGGGGGGGGGGGUGUAAAUCACAAGAAAAAUCAGACUUCAUAGCGUCGUGGUUAACGCGUUCAGUCUUACGCCUAACCGUGAGCUCUGGAGAGAGUUCGAAUCAUGCAUGAUUUUUUUUUCUUUUUCACAUGUACCUUAAAACAUUAGUGAAGAAUAAAUUAUUUGUCAAUAAUUCAUUCAACAAAAUAUCGGAAGCAAAUGUGUAAAAGAUUAUAUUGACAAUCAGAUCACAUUAAACAUGGUAUUAACGGUACUACUCAAAACAUAUUUUCUUUAGGUAUAUGUUUUAGAUCGUGACAGGCCAUUUUGUAAUGAAAAUGUUUUACUUUAUAAAUGCUUUCAGAAUUGCAUAUGCUGUCAAAUAUUUUUAUGGCUGGUCUUGUUACAUGCAUCUCACGUUUCUGGAAGCUGCAACACCAGUAUGUCAAAAAAAUUCAUUAAAAAACAACUCACGGCCUUGGCUGAUUCUGUCAACAUGAUCAUAGAAGGUCCAAACAGCUUCCCUGUUGCUUUCCAUGCUGAAAUGGGACCUCGCAAGACCAUUGAUAGAGGCCAGACAUGGAUUUAUGACAAAGUCAUCACCAACGAGGGGAAUGGUUACAAUUCAGCCACUGGAAAGUUCAUUGCUCCAGCAAAAGGCCUCUAUUUGUUCGCUUGGUCCUCCCUCAGUGACCCGGGGAAACAGUCACACGCUGGUUUGAUUGUGAAUGGGAAAAUGAUGGGAAGACAAAGUUUAAAUAAUAUACAUGGUGGAAGUAAGUGGAUAACUGCUGGAAACACCAUAAUCCUGGUUCUACAGAAAGGAGACAAUGUGUAUAUCAAGGAUGUCCAUGGUAGAGUAGCGGAGUUGAAUGGUCCAUGGACAACCUUUAGCGGGGUACAACUUGGUUGACAUCUAUUUACUAACCUGUUACAGUCCCUUAGCUAUCAAUAAAAAGUUUUGUUUUGAUAA